AUGGAUUCUGCAAACUCCUCUACUACUAGCAUGCCCAAUAACUUCCUGCCGCCCCCACCUGGUCUCAACUACAUUGCUGCCAUACAGCCGUCACUCAUUUUCCUCAUGAUUGGAACAUCCUGGGGCGGCAUCCUUCUCCCUCUGCUCGUCGCUUUAUUCUACUUCUCUACAAAAGAGCUUCGGCGUAAGCCAGUUUUCAUUCUAAACGUUUUGGCUAUUCUUUUAGGGUUAUUCUUAUCUAUUAUGAAUGCUGUCAUCGAGGUGAUUCCAGAAUUACACUAUCCGUUCAGGCUAUGGACUAUGGUAGUGUUCACCAUAGGGGACAGCUUCACGCCAUGGCUUGUGGAGCUCAUCCUGGUCCUGCGCCUCGUCACCGUGUAUCCUAUUUCCCGUACGCCACGACGGACAUGGUGUGCAAUAUUCAUCCCGCUUGGUUUAAUCAAAAUCGGACGCAUGAUCAACAUCACGAUAUACUGCGCCCAAUACACCAAGCUGCUUCAAAACCCCAACUUUCAGAAUCCCAUCAGCGUUGGUCAGAGUUCAUGGCACAGCCAGCCGGGUACUAAAAUCGAGUGGACACUCCAAGUGGUCGAUAACACGGUGACGUCGGCGUUGUUUAUCUGGCGACUUCGAUCAGGUCUGCAUGUUCCUGGCGUAGUAGAAUCAGACAUCAAUUACAGAUCCUACGCAUCAAAAGUCAAAGCCUUAUUCUGGAUUGCUGUUUCUAAUUUCAUCUUCCCGGUCAUUCUGAGCAUCUUCCAACUUAUCAUGCUCUUUCGAGACCCAGACUUCCUCAUCGGAAGCUACACCUACUUGACCAACGAUUUUGUAGAAAUUGUCGGAGUCAUGCUGGCCACAGUUUGGGCUUCAAGCUCGAAUUGGUCGUCCACAAACUCGGCAUCACUCGCGCACCCGACCAUAACGUCAUCCGCACCUCAAUUCGCCAGGAAUAUUCACUUGGAGAAUUUUCAGGCCUUCGACAGUAUUGCUAGAGAAGAAAAUACGGGCACCGCAAGUCAUCUGGAACUCAACAGUUUAAAAUCUGGACAUGACAUAGAGUUUGGCCCUGUGGAAUCACACCUUGAAUUUUCUUCCAAUGACGAAGAGAAGGCGCCAGUUAAGUAG